AUGACUUCCUUAAAUUUUCUUCUAACUCUGGCUAUAAUUGUUCUUGCUCAUGGACAAGAAGUUCAAGAGUCCAAGAAAAAUUGUGGUACAUUCCAACUGAUGAAAGAGGAUAUGAGAUGCGUGUUUAAACAAGUAUCGUUCUCUAAAGAUCUCUUGAUGCUGGCUUGGUCUGAUUUCAAGCAAGUUGACAAGUUCCGACAAGCUUGCUCUUCCCUUCAAGAAUGUUAUGCUUCAUUGGAGUGUCGAAAAAACGACAAGACCUAUGUUGAGGUGGCAACAAAUAUGCAAGGCAUUUGUGAUGGUUUACUGUAUCUAUCCACCGACUUCGUGGAGUGCAAAAAGAAGAUUGAUAGUUUGGAGGACAAGUGUGAAGUCGGAGAAAAAUGUGAAACGAUUUUUGGUGAGAACAAUUGUGCAAAGCCAAGGAUUAUCGAGCAGUGUGGGAAAGAGCAGUGGGAAACGUUUAGAGAGGCUGUCAUAAAUAUUCGUAAAUCAAGGAUUCCAGAAUGUAAUUUUGAUCAAUAUCGGGAUUAG